AUGGCGACCAAAGUAUCCAGCUAUCUGGCCAAUGGCAAUGGCACCCAGACCUCACGACAUGCCUCGUAUAGGUUGUCGACCAGCCGCACCAAGACCACUGCGUCGGGCGCAACUGGCUCCGCCAAAAUGGCCGAGAUCGUGCACAUCUUGAAGCGUCGAUGCGCCGAAGAACUGGGAUCAGCCAUCUCAAACAACAUCAUUAGCUCCUACCAAACCCUCAUAGAGAAGAUCAGCAAUGAGCGUCUACGCCGACUGCCCACCGAGGGCAGUGCCUGGGACAAGGUGCUCGCCUGGGCGCAGUCGUUCGCGGAGAAGUUCAACGAGUUUGACCUAGCCAUCGAGCAGUUCACGGGCGGCAACUAUGACGGCGCCGAAAUCGCCUUUGGGUACUGCAUCUUGCUGUUGGAACUCGGCGACGACAACGCAGCCGCCCUCCAGACCUCGUUUGGAUUCUUCUUCAAAUGCUCCCGAGACCUGAUUGCGCUCUUGGAUCGGGUCGAGCUGUUCAAUGCCUCCUUCGACAUCAACGAGCAGUUGGUGCUGGCAUACGCCGACUUGGUCACGCUGGUCUCGGACGUGGCUCUGCGCUUUUACCAAGCCAUCAGACAUUCGAGCGACUCGGGCGUCUCCAUCGACAUCUACACCGCCUUCGCCGGGACCAUCGAGAGCUUCCAGACCCGCCGGGACAAGAUCGUCGAGUCGAUGUGGAAGUAUCAGCUGGCCGAGGAGAACGUGGACGUCGACAGCCUGGUCGACAUCAAGACCCUUCGCGCCUGGUUGGCCAUCCAGGACAACAUCCUGAAGUACAAGUCGGGGGAUCACACCGCUCUGGUCAAUGACCGUCAGCAAUUGACGUGCUUGUGGGUGCAACCGUACCUGACCCGCUUUCUGAAUGGUGGUCAAAACUCUCUGGCCAUUGUCGGGCCUCCAGGCUCGGGCAAGACCGUUCUCGCGGGCACCAUCGUCGACGCUGUGCAACGCUCCAGCUCCCGAAAGUCGUAUACGGUCCUGUUCGUGCCCAUCAACGCUCGAGCCAAGUCACAGGCCGCCAGCUUGCACGUCAUCCGGAACCUGUUGGCGCAACUGUUGGAAAGCCGGGUCGGCAACGUGGAAAUCUACAAGGUGCUGAGCGAAACCUACGAGGCGUCGCAAAAGUCGAUCGACGUCGCCGCCUACGAAUCUCUCCUGUGGAAUGCGUUCGAGAGGCUGAUCGCGCUGACACAUUCCCAAGCCAAAGACACCCUCAUCAUUGUGGAUGGCCUGGACGAAGUGGCCCAAACCCCCAAAGAGGCCCAGAAGCUGCACCAGCACCUUGCCAAUGCCUCGUCCAAGCAUGAAAAGGUGAAACUCAUCACUCUUUCGCAGCCAAGUUCGCUCGUUUCCAAGACCGGCACGGUGGUAGAGAUCACCGAGGACCUCAUCUACGACGACGUCUUCGCAGUGGUGUCGAACCUCCUUCGAAACCACCCCUAUCUGCGCCAGUUGUCCAGCAUUGAACAAGAUGUGGUUGUCCAUCAAAUCGUGGACGCCUCCAAGAGCAACUUCCUUUGGGCCAAAUUGGCGGCCAAGGGCUUGCUCGGAGAGACGUCACAGGAGAAGUUCACCAAAGCCACGGCCGCCAUCAAGAAGAGCCCCAAGCCUCUCGAGGAAAUCAUUCGUGAUCAUCUCGUCGCCGCCAAUCUGUCCGACGUGGGCCGACAGCUCUUGACCUGGCUCUCCAUCUCUGAGCGCCCUCUGACUGUCGAGGAACUGUCACUGCUCUAUGCCAUUGACCCGAAAACGGGGACGAUCAGUGACAAGUACAUUGAGCCGCUGCAUGCUUUGAAGCCGGUCGCAUCCUUGGUCUUCCUCCAAGACGGCCUGGUGUACUUGCGCCACGCCACCAUCAGGCAGGUUCUGGCGUCUCACUUGACCCAACACAAGCCGAAUCUGCCGGUGAAGGAGCCCUCCUUGGACCUGGUGCAACGUCUGUGGACGUACCUGAGAGUCAGCGUCAAAGACCACAAGGAGCCCUCUUUCUCCGCUCUGACCCCGGCUCAGGUGGACCAUAUCCUGACUCAAUAUCCGCUGGCGGAGUAUGCGAUCAGGUACUGGCCCAGCCACUAUCUUGAGGUUGAAUCCAGCUCCAGGGAGAUCUCGGUGGAAUUGAAGAAGGCCUUCAUCGCCAACCUUCCAACUUCGUCCACCGUCCCCCUUCUUGAAAGGUCGGCUUGGACCUGGCUCCCAGCGUCGAUCCAGGUCUUGUGGCACUCAACCGCUCUCGAUGUCCGACAGAAGGUGACCGAAGGGAACCACGCCGUCGUUCUGCAGUCGGUCAUCAUUCUGGGCUCGAUCCUCCACAAGCAAGGGGACCUGCAGUCCGCCGCCGACCUGUUCUACUCGGCGAGCCAACUCUCUGCCAGCCUCUUUUCCACCACCCAUCCGUUGGCCAGUCAAUGUGCCACUUAUUUCCUCAAUGUCACCAGCACUCUCACCACUACCACGAGAACUGACAUUAUGACUCGUCGCGAGGAGAUUUUGACCCUUCUCAUCAAGAGCAGCACCACGCAGUAUGGGGCCACCUCGGAAGUGGUGCUUACCUACAAAUCCCAACUGAUCGAGCUUUAUCGCACGCUCAAGGAGGAAUCCAAGGCAGUGGAGGUGGAGACUUCUAUACACGGGCGUGACACUCAGACCUCCAAAGACCAACCCUCCAUCAAACGCACUGGGUCCCUUGGCGUGCGUGUCGUGUCUCGCCGCGACCGAGACUUUGGCUACGAGACCUGGGACUGGAGCGAGGAACAUGAUCACGACAUCAUCAUCCGCACCGAGAAUAGCAAACAUAUCGACGAGCUCCUGGAGUUGGCCAAGUCAUACACGGCCAAAGGACUCACGGCCGAAGCUGAGCAGGCCUAUGUCGAAGCCUGGCAUCUGAUAUCUCUGCAAAGCCAAACGAGCCACUCGUUGGAGGUUGAUCGUCGGAAGAUCGAGCUGGCUACAACCUAUGCCCAAUUUCUGCAGUCCACCAAGCGAGAAAGCGAGGCAUCGGCACUGCUGACUGGGGUGUGGGAGGAGUAUCGAUCGUUGUCGAUCGCGCAGUCGGAAGAAAUCAGCUCGCGUCUCUUCCAAGCUGGGAAGGUCCUGAAGACUCUGGGAAUCGUUACCGUUGCUCUCGACAUCUUCCGCCAGUACUCGUCUGUCACCAAAAGCGUGAGUAAGAUCGAGAGCUCUUCGUACAAAGAAGUCGAAGAGCAGAUCCAGUCCACCCAGAAGGAGAUUCUCAAGCAGACGGCCUCCUCAUCAUCCUCGGUCACCCAUGUUUCCCAAUCUGCCAUGACGGAGAUCAUUACCAGUAUCGAGUCCUCCAAGUCCACGCAGAUCGACAUCACCUCCACCUCGGCGGCCAAGCAGGUCGUGGUUGCCUACAUCGCACAGAAGCGCUGGAAGGAGGCCACCGUCACCAUCAAACGAUUGCUCCACAUUGUAUGGGCUGGCUUCUUCUCCAGUUCCAUCGAGGACGUUGGCCAGCCCGUCCGCAGUCCAGACUUUGCCCUGGAGCUCGCCGACCAGCUCAUUGUCUGCUACGAAUCACGCCUUCGGACCCUCAAAGCGCAAGAUCUCCGAGAGCGACUGUUUCGGGCGGUCAAAGCCACGCGAAAGAUUGACGACGGCGUGGUGCAGCACAACUUGACCCAGCUCUUGAGGCUUUUCGAGCAGAACCGAGCGCGCGAGAAGAUCAUUCAACUGCACCGCGAACUGCUGGAAGACUACCGGAAGGCAUACGGGCCUACUCAUCGGCAGACCAUCCAGACCCUGUGGACGCUGGCACGUCUAACCAGCCCGGAGCCCAUCUCCAUCGAGUACUACCGACAGAUCGUAGAUCUGCUGAGCCAGGGGUCAGAUGUCUGCCACCCUGACGCCAUUGACGCCUUGAGCACGGUUGCUGACCACUACUGGAUCGAACGACGUUACAGCGACGCCACCUGGGCGUACGCCCUUCUCUUCCGCACCUUCGUGAAGAAGGGCAAGGAAUCCAAGCAGUUCCAGGUCACCUCGUUUGUCUCGACCGUCUACAGCAGAUAUGUGGACAGCCUGAAAGUAUCCAGCUCGGAUACGGCGGUCACGUACGAGAUCACGAAAACGUACCGGCAGACCUGUCUCACCGUCUUCGGCGCCGACCACAAGUUCACCCAAGAGGCCACGCUGACCCUCGCGCGCUUGUGCCGCCUGUCCAAGCGUCACGAGGUCGAGGCCGUCGCGCUGUAUGAGCAGAUUCUCAAGGACGUCAAGGCGGUCGAGUACCAUUCAGAGAGCCGAGCCACUCUCGACGCCAUCUAUGAGGAGCAGGCCUUGGAGGCGGUCCGCAGCAGCACCAUCUCGGCCUCCAGUGAGCAGGUCGAGCGAGCCGUCACCGUGGUGCGGAAACGCCUGACCGAGAGCAGAAGCCAGUACGGCUGGACUCACGACGAGUCUCUGGAGCAGUUGAAGGAGAUGACCUAUCUCUACGCGAAACGGUCCAAGAAGGAAGAGGCGGUGCAGGAGCUCAUCACGGUCACGAGUCACAUCGUCUCCAGCGAACAGCGCUCCGACCAGUUGAUCCGAGGGGCCAUUGCGGUCGCUUCGUCCUUUGUCGCGGUCAAUGAGACCCAUCGCGGGCUGGAAGUGGCCGAGGAGCUCCGUUGGCAAUUGGUGACCAAGGACGCCAGCAACUCCAAGAAAUACAAUCUGGACUUCACCUCGACCAGCCGCUCGGCCGCCAUCUACAUCGCCCAGCUGGAGUACAGCCUGCGACAAGACAGCUCGGCCUCGUUCAGCUCGAUCUACGUGUCCAUCUUGACCGAGAUUGUCUACUAUGAGGAAUUCCAGCGGUCCAUUCGGAGCAACCUGACGGUGGAAGAGGUGUUCGCGGUCGCGGCACGGCUUCACGCCUUCCUGAGCCUCCAGAAGCGGUCGGUCCUGCUGGUUCACGUGGAGGAUCAGCUGGUCAGCUUCUUCCUGAGGACGUCGGGUGACAAGGCCAAGGUCGGCGACGUGGCUCAAGUCAAGGUGCUGGUCACGACCAUGCUCGCAUACCUUCGAACCCAUCAGGUCAAGAAUUUCCUCCACUCGAUCAACCUGGCCAGCAUCGAGCAUGUCAAGCACCUCCUGCGGCACGGACAACACAAGCAGGCCUGCGACCUGGCCCAGACGGCUUUCAGAUACUCCCAUGCCAGUGGAUGGUACGACACCCCAGCUGCGAUCAAGGAUGGACUUGUCCUGGCCAUCGCCAUCGCGGACAUCAGUCAUCGGGGCACCACGCGUCGGGCUCAGAUCCAGAUUGCCAGCAGCAUUGUGCGGCAGAUGCUCGACUCGGCCAAGCAGCUGAAACUCAACCUUGCCGCCGUUCCUCUGAAGCAGACCAAUAUCAUCGUCUCGAUUCUAGGGGAGGAGAAAGACUACAUUACACUGGAGGCACUUCUCACCACCCUCUGGGAGACUCGCGAGACGCACGCCGCCUGGGGCCCAUCCCUGGUCCUCGCGCUCGGCCGUCGCCUUGUCCUGGCGAGGUUUCUCCUGAAGAAAUACGACCUCGCCCUCCAUCUGGCCGCCGACAUUGCCUACAACCUUCGGCGCGUCUACGGCUCGUCUCACGUGGUCACGCUCGAGAUGAACAUCCUCCUCGGCCAGCUGAACGUCAGCACCGGCCUGGCCCUCCAGAGCACCAAAGGAGCCGAGGAAAUUGCACGGCGCUACUACAAGCGUGCCAUCGGGGUGCACGAGAACGUGCUCCGGUCGCUGACUCUCGACCCGCUCGGUCUCAAUGAGGACGACGACGUGACGGUUCUUUCGGCGGAUCCGGAACCGGUCGACCUGUCGGCCUUGGGGUUGAACGUGGACGGUCAUGCCGGCGCCGUCUCACCGGGCGUCUAUGCACGCCGACAUCUGAUUCUGCUGAAACUCGCCCUCGAGCGGUUCGGGGUUUACCCCAAAGGCUACGCCGAGUACGAGCAGCUCAAUGCUGAUCUCUUCCACACCUUUCCUGAGGAGCUGCGAGGCAUCGAGGGCGUGGAGAAAUGGGAUCUCAAGAAGUUCGGAAAUGGUCGCGCCGCGAGUGAUGAGGGUGUCCUGGAUACCCAGUUGAAGACCUGGGCUCUGACCGAGCAGAAGGUCGAGGUCAACGGUAAUGGUGCACAUGCCUAUUAG